AUGGGUUGUCUAGGAAAUGUUUUGUGCAUUUGCGUAUUCUUGCGUAAACGUUUUCGAUCAUCACUUUUAACACCAUUCUUCGUGACUUUACUAGUUGUGGAUUGUAUUUACUUGAACUUUCGUGUGAUCAAACUAUUAUAUUAUCAAGACACAUUAUUUCAACAAUUUCUUUUUCAAUCUUCAUGUUCAUCGACGUUCUUCAUUAAGAUUUACGCAUACUUUAGUCAAUCUGCACCUCAGAUCUUCAUUCCUCUGUGUCAUUAUGAAUUAUAUAUCCGAUUUUCUUUGAUACUUAUGUCCUGCUUGGCUAUUCAACGUGCUUAUGAUAUGGGUCGAACAUCAUUUCGUUUAAUUCAACGAAAUUCAUCGUCAAGAUCAUUUGCAUUUGUGAUUAUUUUCAUCGCUUUUCUCUCCGCAUACAUCUUGGAAUUCUUCGGUUUAAGCAUUUUCUGUUCUGUGACACUCAGUUCAACAACCGCGUAUCAAUGGUAUGAUUAUUUAUACAAGCAUUUCCCCAAUGAGACCAAUUUGUUAAUGAGUUUCAUGCAGAGCAAUUCAGCAAGUCAAUAUGAAAUUGAUUGUCUGAUCAACAACCGCUCAGCUUGUUCGUACGAAGAAGUUGAACGUAUAGCUCCUACUCUUAACAGUAAAAUGGCUCGGAAUGAGCUCCGAUUGAAAUACCAUUAUCACACAUGUCUCGUACGACUACAGCCAGAUUUAUUUCUAAAUUUAUACGAUCUACUCUAUUCACGUGUACUCGCGUUCAAUCGCUACACGAUCAUACUGGUUAUCGGAAGUAUUAUUCCAUCGAUUUUGACUAUCUUAAGUAACGCCAUAUCACUCCGUUGGAUACUGAACAUACGAAACUCUGUUCAUAAGCAAUCGGCGGUAUUUCACCGAACGGCCGAAACACACCGAGUGAUCCUAAUUAUCACAAUCGAAUGUCUUUUAUCAGUGAUCAACUCUUGGCUCGUCGACAUUAUUUUGAGUAUCAACUUUUGCCAUCGGUCAGUCGCAAUUGGUGAUGAUUGUCCCGACUUUCUACGUCGUUAUCAUCCAUUCUUAGCCUUUUUCGAUUUACUCAAUUCCAUGUCGAAUAUACUCUUGUACUGUUAUGCGGCAAAGCGUUUCCGUCAUGAGCUAGAACGAAUGUUGAAAGGUUGGAUUCAUCCCAUACGACAGCAUCUGUCAUGCUAUUGUCAAUGGCAACACUCAAAAGUUCGAAGAAAGAACUAUGAAGAAGAACCGAAUACGUUGCCAUCGGAAGUGUCUGUUCAUGUAUCAAAACCUUCGAAACAGCGUUCGAGUAAAAAAUAUGAGUAUAUCAAAUUGAAACUUGUCUCAACACCAAACGCCCCCCAACGAUUGUAA